UAUUUGCGCAUGCGUACCGCGGCAACUCUUGACAACUCACUGUCUCAAUCUGAAUCGCUAGCUACAGCAGGCAUCCUGCGCUUGACGUGAUGAGCGGCCCAGGGCCGUACAUUGGCAGCCGCAUAAGUCUCAUCUCAAAGGCACAAAUACGCUAUGAAGGCUACCUCUACGCCGUCGAUCCAACCAAGAGCACAGUCGCUCUCUCUCAAGUCAGAUCUUGCGGAACCGAAGACAGACCGGUAGAGAGAGCGCUGGCACCUCGUGAUGAAAUCUACGACUACAUUGUGUUUCGUGCCACCGACAUUCAAGACCUGACGGUGUCCGAGCCGCCAAAGGAACGCGAGCCGAACAAGCCACCCGUCGAUCCUGCUAUCGUAUCGCAAUCUGCACCUGUUAGUGCUGCAGUGGCAUCAGGUGGUUAUCUUGGUCCGUUUAGUGGUGGACCCAGUGCUUUUGAGGCUAUGCAAUCAUAUUGUGAUGCAGCAUUGCCAGGUCAGCUACCACCAGAAACAUCUCUUUCUCGUCAACAGGCUGAAGUUAGUGCUGCUGCCAACACACAAGUUGUAGAGCCAUCUGCUGCUGUGACUGCUGCAGAUGUUCCAAAAUCAGAUGUUAAGACAAGGGCAGAUGAGUCUAAGUCUGGUGGAGUGGCUGUACGUGAGGCAUCUACAGAGAAAGAGCAGAAGAAAGUAGCAAAACGAGGACGGUCAUUUGCACCAUCAGUGAACAGAGGUCGACAAUCAAGUGGAUCUCAUGUGUAUUCUGUUAGGCCAAGGAAUCGAGGAGCAUCUGGCAGUGCUGCUACGUCAGCUCAUCCAAAGAAAUAUGACAUAGAGUUUGACUUUGAGAGUUCUAAUGCGAGGUUUAAUAAGGAAGAAGUUGAGGAGGAAGUGCAAAGACAGAUGGCACAAUUGGCUGUUGAAAAGGGAUGGACUGGAGGAGAUGAGGAUCACGAUGGAGACGAGCAUGAGGUGAAUGGGAAUGGGGAAGUAGAUGAACAGCCGCCUGUUUCAUCUACAGUGUACUACAACAAGUCUAAGUCAUUUUUUGAUUCUCUUUCAUCUGACAGUUCUGUUGACAGGCAAACGUGGCAUGAAGAGCAGUCAGUGAACAAAGAGACAUUUGGAGUCACUGGUACACGUGGGCGAGGCGGUUCCGGUCGUCGUGGUUAUGGAUAUCGAGGGAGAGGUGGGCGUAGAGGACGGGGAGGAAGGGGCAGAGGCUAUUGGUCAAGGGAUCACGAUCAAAAUUAUGAGCACUUUUCUGGUAGUCAAGAACAAAGGCGGUUUUCUGGACGAGGAAGAGGCCAAUCUCGAGCAAGAGGAAGAGGCGGCUAUAGGAGAGAUUAUGAGUACAGUGACAGAUCACAGUCUGACAGACAAAACGCUAAAACGAAGGAAACGACUGCGAAACAGAGUUGAUGUCAGAAUAGACAGAAGCAAGAAGUGCAUGCUUUGUGUGCAAGAGUAUCAUACGAAUUAUUCGAGAUAUUGUUUAUAUUUGAAACUGUAAACAGAACUAGUCAUUGUUGUAUUGCUGGGUAAAGUUGAAAUGGCUGUUAGUUGAAAGUGCAAGAAAUAAAAACUGUGACAAGUCCAGACGUC